CCUUUUUUUUUUAUCUUUUCUUUUUUUCUUUUUUUUUUCACCUUUUGGGGGAUUUGCAAACCGAAUUACAUGCAUGUCCAGUGGGGGAAGGUUUAAUUUUGACGAUGGAGGGUCGUACUGUGGAGGCUGGGAGGACGGAAAGGCUCAUGGCCACGGAAUCUGUACCGGCCCGAAGGGUCAAGGUGAAUAUUCGGGCUCCUGGAGUCACGGCUUUGAGGUGCUGGGGGUCUACACUUGGCCCAGCGGCAACACUUACCAGGGCACCUGGGCGCAGGGCAAGCGCCAUGGCAUUGGCAUGGAGAGCAAAGGGAAGUGGGUGUACAAAGGAGAGUGGACCCAUGGAUUUAAGGGACGGUACGGGGUCCGAGAAUGCACUGGAAAUGGGGCCAAGUACGAAGGCACCUGGAGCAAUGGAUUACAGGAUGGCUACGGGACAGAGACCUACUCAGAUGGAGGGACAUACCAGGGCCAGUGGGUCGGAGGGAUGCGCCAGGGUUACGGUGUCCGGCAGAGCGUUCCCUACGGCAUGGCUGCGGUUAUCAGGUCACCCCUGAGGACAUCCAUCAACUCCCUGCGCAGCGAGCACACCAACGGCACGGCGCUGCACCCCGACUCCUCGCCGGCGGUGGCCGGCAGCCCUGCCGUCUCCAGGGGUGGCUUCGUCCUCAUGGCCCAUAGUGAUGCUGAGAUCCUCAAGAGCAAGAAGAAGGGCAUCUUCCGGCGGUCGCUGCUGAGCGGGCUCAAGCUCCGUAAGUCCGAGUCCAAGAGCUCCUUGGCCAGCCAGCGGAGCAAGCAGAGCUCAUUCCGGAGCGAAGCCGGGAUGAGCACGGUGAGCUCCACUGCCAGCGACAUCAACUCCACCAUCAGCCUGGGUGAGGGCGAAGCUGAGCUCUCCGUCAUUGAAGACGACAUCGAUGCCACCACCACUGAGAUCUACGUCGGCGAGUGGAAGAACGACAAGAGGUCAGGCUUUGGGGUGAGCCAGCGCUCGGAUGGGCUGAAGUACGAGGGGGAAUGGGCCAACAACAAGCGCCAUGGCUACGGCUGCAUGACCUUCCCUGAUGGCACCAAGGAGGAGGGCAAGUACAAGCAGAACAUCCUGGUCAGUGGCAAGAGGAAGAACCUCAUCCCACUGAGAGCCAGUAAGAUCCGUGAGAAGGUGGAUCGGGCCGUGGAGGCUGCUGAGCGGGCGGCCACCAUUGCCAAGCAGAAAGCGGAGAUUGCGGCAUCCAGGACCUCUCACUCCAGGGCCAAGGCAGAGGCGGCUGUGACAGCGGCGCAGAAGGCUCAGGAGGAAGCACGGAUCGCCAGGAUCACUGCCAAAGAGUUUUCGCCUUCCUUCCAGCACAGGGAGAAUGGCCUCGAAUGCCAGAGACCGAAGCGCCAGAACUCGAGCGAUGACAUUGAGGUCCUCUCCACCGGGACACCUCUCCAACAAGAGAGCCCCGAGCUGUACCGCAAAGGGACCACCCCAUCCGACCUGACCCCGGAUGACAGCCCCCUGCAGAGCUUCCCUGCCAGUCCCUCCUCCACACCACCCCUGGGUCCUUCCUGCAGGAACAAGAGCGCUCACUUCUCCAGGCAGGUCUCGGUGGAUGAAGAGAGGGGUGGGGAGAUCCAGAUGUUGCUGGAGGGACGUGGUGGGGAUUACUUGCGUCCCAACAGCUGGAGCGAAGAGAAGGUCGGUGGGACUCGAGGCAUGAGAAGUGGGACACUGCGAAGUGGGCAGAUGGGGUCAGCCUCGGUCCCUGAAGACUACAGAGGUCGGAGUGGAGGACACAAACAUUCGGCCUCCAACCACAAGCAAAGAGAGAGGUGGACAGAUUCCCCAGCCACAGUUUCAUGGACUUCCCACCACAGGUCCCACAACCACAGCUCAGGGAGCUCCAAACUGCUUGAGCUAGAAGAGGAGAAGAUGAGCAAUUACGAGAUGGAGAUGAAGCCCCUCAUGAGGAUGGAUUCUUAUAUGCAAGAGAUUCACACCCAAAAAAGACACUAUAGCAAAGGAGGACCCUGCAGGAGCAUGGCUGAUGACCACCGUGGGGAAGACCGGGGCUAUGGGGUUCAGAGACUGAGGUCUAAGUCCCAGAACAAAGAGAAUUUCAGGCCAGCUUCCUCUUCUGAGCCCACGGUGCAGAAACUGGAAAACCUGAGAUUUGGGGACAAAGCUGAACCUCGGCUACUAAGGUGGGACUUAACCUUCUCCCCUCCACAGAAAUCCUUACCUGUUGCACUAGAAUCCGAAGAAGACAAUGGGGAUGCUCUCAAAUCCAGUACGGGUUCAGCUCCCAUCCUGGUAGUCAUGGUGAUCUUACUAAAUAUUGGAGUCGCCAUUUUGUUUAUUAACUUUUUCAUCUAAUUCAAGACUGUCUUGUUUGCAAAAAUAACAGUUCCAUGUAUGAAUGGGGGAAAAAAAUCCCGAACAACAACAAAAAGGGGAAAAAAAAUCGUAAGUCGAACUGUCCUACGACAAUUUCCAAGUCUUUUCACAGAAGAACAACAAACGAUCGAGUCUCACUCACAGUUUGCCUUUUUUCCUGGGUAAUGUUUUUUGGAUUUUAGCCAAAAUUCUUUGCUUGUAUAACACUAUGCUGUGUGGCAUGGCAAAAUGCUAUCAACACUCUGCCCCCCCAACACUGGAAAGGAUGAGAAGGAAUCCCAACAAAAUAAAAACCUCAUUUCCCUUCCCCUCACCCCGCAAAAAUAUAUUCAAAACAACAGCAAUGAACCCCAAAAUGGAGACUAGAUAAUGGAGAGGGGACCACGGGGAGAUUUUGUUUGAUGUACGGGUCCUGGGAUGCUCCAGGCUGAGCUUCCCAGGGAAAUCCACAACAGCUUUAAUGAUAAAUGGGAGAGAAAAGCAAAAUCAGGCUUUUCUUCCUUCUCCCCUCUCAAAUGGAGAAGCGUUGCUGUAAGAAGGAGGAGAGAAGGAGCACAGGGAAGGCAUGAACCCUGUCUGGAUGUGAAAGAUGAGAGAAGUGCAAUGGGCCCCAUUUUGUUGUUUUUAAAACAAGGCAGCAAUUGGUGUUUUGUUAAAUUUCUUGGGGCAGUGGGGAGGGGAAUAGGGAACACAAGGUGUGAGCAGCAGCCCCACCACCCUCCUGCCUUCACUCCUCCUCCUCCCCAGGCUGCUCCCCACCAUAGCAGGGCUGGAAAACCACCCACUGCUACUUCUAAUUCACAGCAGAUUUUGCCUGGGUAAAAUGAUGUACCCAGAUUCCCCCCAGAAAACACAGAGGCACCUUCAGCAACACAGAGUAGCUGCUGGUCAUUGUGCUAUGCUCUCCACCAUGCGAGGAGCAGCAUUAACUCGAGCAUCCCAUCCCAAACACAAGCGUGAACAGAGAUGCUGGGGAGGGACUGGGGAGAGAGGGCUUGAUUCUGACCCACCUCGGAUAACAAUAAAUCAUAAUAAAGCAAAAUAAGGUAAAACUGUUCUUCAAAGGCAUCUGGGGAGGAGCACUGGAGCAUGUCCCAGAAAGGAGGGCGAGGGUGGUGGGUUUGUCUCUUUACAUCUUGCUGUGGACUGUUUCAGACAUCAUGCUUGGGCUCUAAGCAUGUGGUAUUUUGCACUUUGUAAUGCAGGAUGUAUAUUCCA